CUUCCAGCAGACUCAGCGGGCCACCCUCCAUCCUUCAUCCUCGUGCAGGUCUGUGCAGCUGGAGUCAGCAUGUCAAACUCAGACAGGGUAGUGUUAGCUCUGGGAGGAGCAGGGACAGUGGGCUCUGGAAUAGUUAAAGCCCUGUUGGAUAAAGGUUUUAAAGUGGCGGUUAUCUCCAGGGACAGCAGCCGGCUGGAGAAACUCCGAUCACUCGUCUCUCCAAACACAAAGAAUAACCUCACCACCAUAGUGGGGAAUGUGGGUUCAGAGGAGGGAGCCGAGCAGGUGAAGCAGGCGCUGCUGAAGGAGGUGGGAAAAGUGACCGACAUCAUUUCCUCUCUGGGUUUCAGCUGGUGGCAGGGCGGACCCCCACAUACCCAGUCCCUCAAAGAUCUUCACUGGGUCAUUGACACUUUACUAUACUCCACGUUUGUGUCAUGGAAGGCUUUCUUCCCCCUGGUGAGGGACAACUCUGACUGUACAUACACCUUCAUCACGGGAGGAGCUGGAGAGAAGCUGCUGAUGCCUGGUACCGGCUUCCUGACGGUGGGAGCGGCCAGCGCUCUGGCCUUCUGCCAGGUGCUGCGGGAGGAAUACCCCGAGCUGCCCUGCAGACUGAACCAGGUGAAGAUUGACACGGGCGUCGCCACCCCUGAGCGCAUGGCGCCCGGCUUCCUGAACCACCUGGACCUGGGUGAGGCUGUGGCCACCCUUGUGGAGAGACGAAACACCUCGCACAUGGUGUUCACCAUCAACUGCCCGGCGGACUUAAAGACCGUCCUUCUGGAGGGAAACCUUUAGACUGGGAGAGCUUUGCUGAACGCAGCUCUGAACCCCGUCCACGCUGUGGUCUGGGUCUGUGUCUAUGUUGUCCUGCCUCUUCUCUCAUGAUUAGCCAGUCAUUUAUCUGCAUGUGCCAUUGUGAUAUAAAAACACAGGAUUUGUUUUCCACAUUCUCUGCCUGUAUUAUUAUCCAGCUUUGUUUUUGCAUGUUAACCAGUGACGCAGCAGUUUCCGGAUCCAUCUGAUAAACUGUUUGGUAUAAAAUCUGACUUUUGUAAGUAACUAGAUAGAGGAGGCAGAGCUUGAUGGCAAAGGGAAGAGGAACCCGAGAAGGUCAAAUUCCUCAACAGAUUUUAGCAUCUUUCAACUAAAAAGUUGGGAUUAAGGAGUUUUCUCCAUUUAUAGAACAACAGAGGAAUAUUUGGAUGUUUCUUUGGUUGUCAAGUCAUGUAGAUGCAGAAAUGUGCAGCAAUGUGCAGUUAGAGGAGAAAACAGACAAAUAAAGCUCUGGACUCUGCAGGGUAUCUUUAACAUCUGAGUGUUGUUAAGUACAGAGAACAUAAGCCUGAGACGUUCAGGACUUUCAGGACUUUUAAGUCUCAGAUGUCAAUCUGUCCUGAUGGACGUGAGGUAGAAAACGGAGGCUUUCCCAGCCUGAAGUCUUUGAUUAGUUGAAAUGUAAAACGGGAGCUUAGCUCAACAUCUGUUACCUGUUGUGCAGAGAAUGAGAAUGUGAGCUGUACCAUCCAUACAGCACGGUGACGGGUCACAACCUUCCUGGUUACAGCUCGGACCAUUUAGCUGAUCCAGCAAGCUUCUAUUAGCGGUGAAUCUUAAUGUUUAAAUUUGUUCAUUUUGCAUUAAAAACACAAAUAAACUUGAUAUAUUAUA